AUGCAGAUUGAGUUUAAAAUUUUGCAUACGAAAUCUAAGGCACAAAAUUUUCCUCGAAGGCCAAUAAUUCAUUUUUUCAUUCUUCACCAUUUUCUAUGGCCGUCUUCUAGAAACACUAAUAAAAAAAUGAAGAAAACAUCUACUCAAAAGAAGUCCUCGGAAAAGGUUUCGACCAGAGAGAAAACAUCGACUCAAUCAAGUACAACGAAAAGUUUAAAAUCAUCGGAACUAUCCAAAAGCUCACAAACCUUGAAAUCGUCAAAGAAGAAACCUUAUCAUUCGGAAAGGGUCACUCUUUCAUCGCCAAGAAGGAAAUGUUCCAAGUUUCCAAGUCUGCUGCUUGCGAAAGGAAUAUUUGAUAAAGCGGAAAGAAUAAAAGAAAAAGCGAGUGAUAAACCGAAAGCAGAAACGCCUUCAAGAACAUCAACAUCAUCAAUUUCGGGGGAAAGUCGAAAAAAUGCAAAAGACUCGAAGAAAAUGGCUAUCAGCGGUGGUACGCUCAACAAGAUCCCGGGGAAAGCGUGUUCAGUUGUUGGAAAGGGAUCAAAAAGGGGCGCUUUUGUGGUGGCUAAGAGGAGACGAUGCACAGUGAAACAAGCAUGCAAAAUUGUGAAAAGCGCUUCUUCAGCCGUUCUCCAAGGAACAAAGUAUACUGCAAGCGAAGUGACCACAAUUGCUACAUGUGCGAAAAACCGGGUGAAAAAUGAUGUGAAGAAAACCUGCCUUGCAACGAAAUCUCCAAAGAAAAAAAGUGGCUUCUUCAAAAAGCUUUGGGAUAAAUGCAAACGAAAAAAGAAAGAAGAACCAGAGAUUCAAGACUUUUCUUCACUUAUUCAUCGGUUUAUCGUUUCAAGCCUCGACUAUUUCCACAAACUCGGCCCUAUGACAAGCAAUGUGAAUUACAUCAUAGCUCCAAUUCCCGCGCUAAGUGCUUUAGUUGCCAUAUUUCUACUUGGUGACGAAGAUGAACGCCGAGCAAUUGAUUUGGCUCUUAAAAUAAAUCAAGAAGACAUUGACGCUACAAAAGCAAUUUUGGAAGUUCUUCAUCGAUGUGCCCUGAAUACCAACGAACGUGACUCAAGGAAAUCUCUAUUUGUCAUAGCAAGGGUGUUUCUUGGAGAUGCGCAUCGACCAUUUCUAAAAGAAGCGCUGGCCACUUUGAAAAAAUAUCUCGGAGAUGAGGGUGUUUGGCCUAUUCGUUCUAGCCACUAUGCACAAUGGGUUGGCAAACUGUCAGAUGGAGAAAUUGUUCCUCAAGCCGAACUCGCCGCCGAUUCAUGUUGUUUUAUGUCCGGCUCAGGCAUUCGAGUCAAAUGGAAAAAUGAAGCUACAAUUGGCCAGACAAUGAAAGCUCAGUUUUUUGUAUCACCAUACUUGCGCGAGUUCCACCCAAUGUUUGAAAUCACGACCGCUAUGGCGACUUUUAGAACGUCUAAAUUUGAUGCAUUCUCCAUUUCGUUGGAUCCGGGCGAACAGUUGGGAAAGAAUGUUACAAAUAUAAAUUUGGUUAUUGUACGACCAACUGCAAGCACAGACAUUGUCAACUUUUCCUCAACUUUUCUUGGAAUGGAUCUUGUCGAGAUUUUUAAGACUUUAACGAAAGCAAAGGUCAAAACUCAAACUUUGCUAUUACCAAUAUUUCAAAUGGAAAAUCACAUCGAUUUGCUGAAGUCAUGGAAUACUUGGGAAAUUUUUGAGGAUGGAUAUGAGUUGUUAGCGCCUCUUGCAAACGUCGAACAUUGGACGAGACUCAACCUUGGCCCUAAAGGGCUCCAUUUCAUGCAAAAGGUCAUAAAAGAGGGCAUUGGCGGAAUGCCGGAAUGGGCUAGUCCACGGAACGAAACUGAGCUUUACAAACGUCAUCGGCCUUAUUCGCUACGACUCGAUUCACCCUUUCAGUUUUAUGUCACUUUACAAACGGCUGAUUUCAAAGAGACUGUGACGGUUUUGUCAGGCUGUUAUGGCGGAAGAAAUUCAGCUCUCAUAUCUCAACUAAGAAAGCCAAUUCCGGAGAAUACAAGCCUCGUUAAGAUGAAGAUGCCGAGUCAAAACCGGCGUGGGUUCCUCAUGACACUCUAUCGACCGGCUUUUCGCAUUUCUGACUUUUUUCUGAGUUUUUCGGAAACUAUAUGGUCUCCUAUUUUAACAACAUAUCGUGAGUAUCGUGAUGGGGUUAUGCCAAGGGCUCGUCCACGUUCACCGCCCAUCAACACAUGUGUACCCAAACUCACGAUAACGCAUGAAGCUACAAUU